UUAUUGGAUCUCUGAUAUCCUUGGUAUUAUAAACUUCUAAUGAGGAAACUUUUCAAUGUAGGUCAGCACCUUUCUUUAUCAAGAGUUGUCCAGACUGUUUGAUGACCUAGAGCAAUAUCUGUCAGGCCAGACUUGAAUUCAAGACUUCUUUAAUCCAAGAAGUUGGUUCUUUACCCUUGAAAUUAUUCUCCCUUUCUUUAAUAAUAACAAUAAUAAUAAAUCCCUUAUUUAGAAUAAGGAGAUUUGUUAGAGAACAUUAUUCCAGGCUCUUCUUUUUUGUAAAUAAUGAAAAUAGAUCAGAGAAAAGUGGUUUGAUUCAGUUCAACUCAAUUCAACAAAGUCAAGUGCCUUUUGUGUAUAAGAUAGUGUUGCCUAAUGGAUGGGAAGAUAACCUCAGAGACAUUAAUAACUGGGUCCAAUCCUCAUCUCUGCCAACCAGUCCUGACUCAAAUGCAUUUAUGUAUAUAUGCCUAUCUGCCAGGCACUAUCAUGUGCUGGGGAUACAAAUAGAGAAGUGAAUCAUUCCCUCUCAUCAAAGGACUUACCUGUUCUGGGGAUAAUGAAGGGAGAGAAGAGAAGAGACAGACAGACAGAGAGAGAGAAACAGAGAAAGAGGAGGAGGAAAAGAGGAAAAGAAGGAAAGGGAGAAAGGGAGGGAGGGAGAGAAAGAUACUGAGAUAGAGAUACAAAGAAAGAGAGAAAGAAAAAGACAAAAACAGAGAGACAGAGACCAAGAAAGACAGAGAAAAUAAGAUGCAAAGAGAACCAUAAAGAGGGCCUAGUCAGAAGGCUGGGGUGAGUGCAUGUGGAGGUUAUGGGACAUGAAUGAGUAUCCAGCGAAGGAAUCAAAAAUGAAUGGCCAAUUACGUGGGGAAAGAGGCCAGAAAAUCCCGUGGCACAUGUGGUCUUUUUUUUUAAUUUUAUUUUAUUUAAUAAUAACUUUAUAUUGACAGAAUCCAUGCCAGGGUAAUUUUUUUACAACAUUAUCCCUUGCACUCAUUUCUGUUCUGAUUUUUCCCCUCCCUCCCUCCACCCCCUCCCCUAGAUGGCAAGCAGUCCUAUAUAUGUUAGAUGUACAUGUGGUCUUGAUGGCUCUGCCUCCACAAUGCCCAUCUGCUUUCCAGUACAUGCCCACCAUUCUACUUCAGGUCGGCCUUAUUAUCUGCCUCUAUAGUUGCAGAAGCUUUCAAUUCAUUUCAUUUUAGUUCUGUUUAAUUCAAUUCAUUUAAUUCAACAAGCAGUUGUGAUGAGUCAACUGGGUUCUAGAUGCUGUGUGGAGGAAACAAAGAUGAUUUCUGCUCUCUAGGAUGUUAUAUUCUAUAGGGAAGGAGAAGGGACCAUAUGUACACAUAAAAGUAAAGAGAAUCUAUGUGAAGUAAUUUUAGGGGGCGCUAGAGUUUGGAAAGCUCAGAAAGCUCCUCCUGCCAAAGAAGGGGCUAGAACCUUGAAGGACAUCAGUGGCUGUAAGAAGGAGACAAAAGGAGCAGGAGGGGAUAUAUUACAGACAUGGAAGAUUAGGCAAAGCCACGAGAGACAGAUCACCAUCACUGAGGAAUCGGGAGCUGGCCAGUUGAUCUGAAAUGUUGGUGAAGGAGUAAUUUGCAAUAAGCCUCCAAAAGCAGGCAGGGGCCAGGUUGUAAAAUCUACAAAAGGAAGUUUGUAUUUGAUCCUAAGACAAAGAGAAGUCACAAAGGAGUGACAAAGCCAGGCUGUGCUUCAGGAAUAUUCAUUUGGCAGCUAUGGGAAGGCUACCAGCUAUGUGAUUUGGGGCAAGUGAUUUAGUUUCUGUGGGCCUCAGUUUUCUCCUCCUUAGAAUGGGAAGAGGGGACAGCGAUAAUAUUCAGACCCCAGUUUUUAAGUGAUCAAAGAUCUGUGAAUCCAGUUUGCACCUAGGAAAUGUUUUACAAUGGUAAUGGUGUGAUGUUUAAAGGACUUUGUGUAUUAGUUAAAUUAAACCAUGAAUGACUGAUUUAUUUUAAAUGGUUGAUUAAAAAUACCCUCCACAAAAAUAUUUGUCACCUUGGCAAUAUUAAUUUUCUUAAUUUAUCUUAAAUUUGAUUGCAGUGAGCACCCCUAAUUAACCUGAUUUUUUGCUGAUAAUCACUCUCAAUGGAAUCAAAUCAAAAAUCCGGGGAUGGAUUGAGCGGCACUCAGAAAGAAGCAGCCCUCCGUGCACUCAUUCAGCGCACAGGAUAUAGCUUGGUCCAGGAAAAUGGACAAAGAAAAUAUGGCGGACCUCCCCCUGGCUGGGAUGCGGCACCCCCAGAACGAGGCUGUGAAAUUUUUGUUGGAAAACUCCCCCGAGACCUUUUUGAGGAUGAACUCAUUCCACUUUGUGAAAAAUUUGGUAAAAUCUACGAAAUGCGGAUGAUGAUGGACUUUAAUGGAAAUAACCGAGGCUACGCUUUUGUCACAUUCUCCAACAAGCAAGAGGCCAAAAAUGCCAUCAAGCAACUGAAUAACUAUGAGAUUAGGAAUGGUCGCCUCCUUGGGGUUUGUCCCAGUGUAGACAACUGUCGAUUAUUUGUGGGGGGAAUCCCCAAGACCAAAAAAAGGGAAGAGAUCUUGUCAGAGAUGAAAAAGGUCACAGAAGGAGUGGUGGAUGUCAUCGUCUACCCCAGUGCUGCAGACAAAACUAAGAACCGGGGCUUUGCUUUUGUGGAGUACGAAAGUCACCGAGCUGCAGCCAUGGGCAGGAGAAAACUACUCCCAGGGAGAAUUCAGUUGUGGGGACAUCCCAUUGCAGUAGACUGGGCAGAACCAGAAGUAGAAGUUGAUGAAGACACAAUGUCUUCUGUGAAAAUCCUUUAUGUGAGAAACUUAAUGCUCUCUACCUCUGAAGAAACCAUCGAAAAGGAAUUCGACAGUAUCAAACCAGGUUCUGUGGAGAGAGUGAAGAAAAUUCGAGACUACGCUUUUGUGCACUUCAAUAACCGUGAAGAUGCAGUGAAUGCCAUGAAGGCUUUAAAUGGGAAGGUAUUGGAUGGUUCUCCUAUUGAAGUGACAUUGGCCAAGCCAGUAGAUAAAGACAGCUACGUGAGAUACACUCGCGGCACAGGAGGCCGGGGUACCGUCCUACAAGGGGAACACCCUUAUCCACUGGGACAGGUUUAUGAGCCAGCCACAGCGUAUCUGGGAGCACCCGUCUUCUACGCCCCGCAAGCCUAUGCAGCCAUUCCAAACCUCCACUUUCCAGUGGCCAAGGGACACCUGAGCAACAGAACCAUCAUCCGGCCCCCUUCUAUUAGAGAAAUUUACAUGAAUGUCCCUGUAGGGGCUGCGGGAGUUAGAGGACUGGGCGGUCGUGGAUAUUUGGCCUACCCGGGCCGGGGGCAUGGCUAUCAGGUCAAAGGAGAGAAGAGGGGAGAAGACAAACUCUACGACAUUUUACCCGGGAUGGAGCUCACUCCCAUGAAUCCAGUUACCUUAAAGCCUCAAGGGAUUAAACUCGCUCCUCAGGUCUUAGAAGAAAUCUGCCAGAAAAAUAACUGGGGGCAGCCAGUGUACCAGCUCCAUUCGGCCAUCGGUCAAGACCAAAGACAACUUUUCCUGUACAAAAUCUCCAUUCCAGCUCUUGCCAACCAGAACCCAGCAAUUCAUCCCUUCACGCCUCCAAAACUCAGUGCUUUUGUUGAUGAAGCUAAGACAUAUGCAGCUGAGUAUACCCUUCAAACUUUGGGCAUUCCCAUGGAGGGAACUGAGGCUCUGCCAGCUGCUGCUGCUGCUGCUUUUCCAGGCUACGCCAUCGCAAACGCGGCUGCCACCGUGACUGCGGCCCAGCUGAAGCAAGCAGUGACCCUGGGCCAGGACCUGGCCGCCUAUGCUGCCUACGAAGCCUAUCCUGCCUUUGCCGUGGCCGCACGUGGGGAUGGCUAUGGGACCUUUUGAGGACUGCUUUUUGUACAUUCGUUUUUUAUUUAAAAACAGACACAAAGCUCACUGUAGACAAAGCCUCCCUCAACUCUCCGAAUUGUUUCAAAUAACUUGCAAGUAAUCCACUUCCUUAACUUUCUUACUCAUUAGCCAGUGGAUUUUUUUUUAGCAUGGGUAUUUCCAAAAUUAAAUCAAAUGCUUAUGAAUCUGUUUUCUAAAGUAGAAAGGGAAGGAACUCUGGCCCCAAAAAGUAUUCUAUUAUUACUGGAGACCUUAGGUGUCCAUUUGGUAUGUUUACAAAGGAAAAUAUAGAAGGGAGUCGGAUAUUUCAGCCCAUGGGAAGCAUGACCAAGAUCAUUUAUAGAGAUGAGAGACCAGAAGCUCAGACACCUCCCCAGCCCCCAAAGGGCUAACAUUCCCCCUCUAGUGGGCCCUAUCUCCAUCUUGGGCUCUGUUUACAGGCCUGGCCUGGAUAUAGCCCAGGAGAGAUUUCCCUAGUAAUCACUGCUGGACCUUUCCAUUCCGUCUAUCUAAAACAUAUACUUAAAAUUCAGGACCUUUUUGGAACUUCUCUGAAGGCAUUAAAAGUAGUCCGUUCCCCCACUGGAAGUUAACAUAUGGUUCUACCUCUGGCCAUUUUCAACUCAUUUCCAGUAGAUUUCUUUUAAAUCCAUUUUGGUUAGGCUCUAUACAUCAGGAAAGGGGUAAGAUCCCAGAGAGGUCCUGAAGGUUCCGACUUAGCCAUUCUUGGCUGAGUGCAAACUCCUCAAGAAUUUGUCUUUUUUUCUUCAUCUUUGUAUUUCCUGGCCCCUAAUUCAGUAACCUGUACAAAUGUUUUUCCUCAGAUCUACUGUCUAACUGGUAUGGGAAAUUCUGGAAUGAUAAAGCCCUCCACUGAACUAAAUAACUAUUCUUCUAUAAGCUUAUAGUCUAAAAAAGUUGUCUAAGACUCGGGUUAAAGUUUCCCACUUCUGGUGUCAGAGGUGGAAUAUGAACUCAGAUAUUCCUUAUUUCAAAGCCAAUGAGCUAGUCAUCAUAUGAUUAAUAAGGAGAUUAAUUCACCUCUGAAUUGAAUUGCCAGUUACAGAGAAACAGGUGAAAAUGUUCCUUUACAGCAGGAAGACAGAGGAAAAAGGAGCUAUUCCCUUUUUUUUUUUUGUUUAAAUCUUAUGGGCCUUCAAGUUCUCUUGCAUUUGUCCUUGGCCCUUCUUUCAAAUCUAACCAUAUGACAAAUAACAUGAGAGCUCUCUACCUUAACUUUCUUCCUGUUCCCAUAAACAUCAAACAACUUUGCUAAAUCAGAGUUAGUUUUUCAUGUGGCCUCUCUCUGGGAAAGUCUUCUCCCUCGUCCUCCCAACGAUCACAACCUGUUUCUUCAAAAGACUAGAUUCCCUUCCCCUGUUCCAAAAAGCAGAGUAUAUCCCCCUUCCCCAAGUACACUGAUGGGGAACAGGGGAGCCGAGAAAUAAAGAAAAGGAGCCCCAAACCCCACAUUUGCCAGAAUGAUGGUUUAUGAAUCAGACCGAGCAGGCUGUGUGCUUUGGGCCCACUCAGGCACCUAUUUCCUGGAUGAGGCCCCCCCUUCUAGUUUCAUUAAUGGAAAAUCAAUAAAACAUACUCAAAUUCCCAUUCAGAAAUCCCUGGGCCCCCAUAAACAUUUAUAAGACUCAAAUCAAAAGACUGGCUGAAAAUGAUGUCAGAUGCCGAAAGGGAUAAUGGGAUCCGAAAGCAGAGCAGGGCUGACCUUGUCCCUAUGAGGCCCCUGUCUUGCCCAGCAGCAAAAACACUGGAAAACCACUGGUAACAUGCACCUUUAAAGCCCCCAAAUGUUCUGCUCUCUGUCUCUCCUUCUGCCUCUAUCUCACUAAGCACAUUUUGCUUCUCAAAUCCCUGGGAAAUAGGAUUCCAAUUUGCAUCCAUUUUCCUCCCCGUGAAAAUCCUAUUUGCUUUGAGGUCAUAAUUCCUUCUCUUUUCAUCAAUCUAAUCUGACAAACAUUUGUUAAGUACCUACUAUGUGCCAAGUGCUAUUCAAAGCACUAGAACUCAAUGCACUGGACAGCUCAGUAAGACUAGAGGAAAUUUUGACAUUCAAAUAGGAAGAAAAAUACAGAUUACAUGGGGAAUGGAAAUAGCCUGAGGUAAAUUUCAAUCCAUAAGUGUAAAUGAGGCUGUCGAACCUCUGCUAUCUUGUGUCCCAAUCAUCUUUCCGUGGUUCUGACCUUGCUGGAUUACCUUGUCUUCUCAAGUUGCCACUGGAAGGAAGCCAUUGAGUUCAAUAAUUAAAUCACCCUCUUGGAUGUGAAUCCCAGUCCAAUAUCAUCCCAAAUGACUUGAUAUUUAGUGAAUGGUUUAGUUAGUAAGGCUCCCAGGUAACCAGGAAGUUACCUCAAGUCAAGAAAAUGCUGGGGUAAGAGGGUUUCUCAUAAGAGAAAGCAAAUACUUUUCAAGCUAUAUUUCAGGUAUUCCUUUGCACUGAGAGAGAUUGAGAUUCUGUUAUUUACUAACAUUAACCAUAUGGAAAUAUUUUUUCUUGAGUAUUAUUUUACUUAUAUGGAAGCACUUACCCCCAUGUUCGUCCCAGUCUAGAAGAGUUCAGCUUUUCAUCAAAACAAUAUCCAUCUAAAUUUCAAUUUAUAUUGAGUGUCACAAGGCUUUCAACUAGCUCCAUUUUAUAAUUCUAUUUGGAGUUAUUGAGCUCCAAAUUAUUAUUAUUGGCUUGGGGAUAGGAAUAGUCUGCACUGAGUCAUUUGUUGGGUUAGAAAUGUACUUUAAAAGUUGGGAGUUCCUUUCCAUAUCUUUGGCAUUUGGGAGUCAUGAGAACAGUAGUAGAUCCUGUUGAAUAUCAAUAUUUACUCUUGGCCUUGGCUUCCAUAUAGAGCCAUUGAACCCCAUUCUUCCCAAGCUAUCCUAAUCCAGAAUUAGUCUGUGUUCACAAGCUAAAGUGAAUAUAAGACUAUUUAAAGUCCUUAAAGGAAGGUCACACAAUUGUUUAUAUGAAGUGAGAUUUUUAUUUUCUAUCGUUUGUAUUCCAGAGUACCUGGUUAAAGAAGGUAUGUUUAUAUACCCUUUUUAAUCCUGUAACCUAAAUAUAUUAGCCCUUUAUAUGCCCAGUAAUGAAUGGACAAGAGGAAUACUAAAAAUAAACUUAAAAAGAGACUCAUCGUUUUUUGGAUUUUGUAAAUACACUUUUUGUAUAUUGUAAAUACAUGCUGGGGAAACUAAUUAGUCCUCCAUUUCACACUUGGCACGAUUAAUGAACUCUGUGAUCAGAUUUGUUAAAAAAUCAAAUUAUAACCUGGAGCCCUUAAGAUACUUUUCAAAUAAAUGAGUCAAAUUCCCUCACAGUUUUCAGUAUUCUGUUGGAUGUAAACGACUAAUGCUCAUCAGUAACUACAAUAACCAGUCAAAGAAAGUAGUAGACAACUUUGGAUCCUGUGGAACCUAUUUUUGAAGAUCUGGCCCAAGGUUUAGCUUUACUCUAAAAGCAUUAAGUAUAUCCCCCAGUACAUAAUAAUAGGAAGUGAAAUGAUGUCUGCGUUUUGAACUCCUUAGAUGAAAAAUAAAUCAUAAAUAUAAAAUCAUUACAGAAAUAGGAUCUUCUGAUCCCAAACCCUGCUUUUAUCUGAUUGCAGUUAAUCACAUGAAAUAAGAAACAAAAUGUGGCCCAAAAAAAGCAUAUAAAUGUAGUAUAAUAUUAUUUUGUUCAGAAAUGUGUUUGAUUAAAAUAACCAACUUUUUCUAGCAGCAAUUAGAAGGAAAAUAGAAUGUUAAUGUACAGCUGGUGGCCUUCUUUGUGUAAUGUUUAUUAUUAGAGAAAGCAACUCAUGGACAUUUCAGUCUAUAUAUGAGUAUUUCCAUGAUUCCCUGAGGUUGUAAAGGAGAUAUGAAAUAGCAACAGCAUGAUUAUUAAAGUCUCUGCUUCUGCCUUCCUUAUUGCUUUUUAUUUAAGUGAUCCAGGGAACAAAACAAAUAUACUGAAAAUAAGCCCUUAUUAUGACACUGAUGACCACCAGUAUCAUAGAUCUAAAGAUAGCUGGGACCUCAUCUAUUAUACCUCCCUCAUCUUGCAGAUGAGGAAACUGAGGCAAAAGAAAAGUGAACUUUCCAAAUACAACUUUAAAAUCAAUUUACAGUUUUUUCUCUCACUCUCCCUCCCUCCUUCUCUCUCUCUUUCUCUCUGUUCCCUCUCCUCCUUUCCUUCCCAAUAUCUUUUUUUUCAAACAUCAGAUUGGCAAAUACAGAUACACCUUACUUUAAUUCCAUUAUGAUUUAUCAACUUUGACCUUUUGCACUAUAGAUAUUCACAUAAAUCCCAAUCCUUCCCAUAUUUUAAAAUAAAAAUAUCAGAGAUAGAGAUAGGAUAGAAGAUGGAUUCUAAGAAUUAGCACACAAUACAUACUUUUAAAAACUGAUUUCUCAUCUUCCUCAUCUUUCUUCCUCUACUCCUAUUGUAGAAGAUCAUAAGUAUUAGACACUGUGUAUUCUCCCAGAGGCUAUAGAAACAUUUGUUCUUUAGUGAAUAUUCUUUUCAUGGCAAGUUCCUUUUUAUAUCUUUGGCCAUUAAAAAACAUAAUUACACUCAAUUUCAAUCCAUCAAUUACCAAGAGUUUUUAAAACUUUGAGGAAGUAUAUUAUACUUUAGGUCUCAGAGAAAUUUGCUCUUUUUUCUGUUUCUUGAUUGGGUGUCCUAAUUUGGAUUAAUUUAAUGCUGGAUCUUCUUUUUUUUCUUCCCUUAAGUUAAAAUGAUCUUCCAACUAUUUUGAUGGAGUGGUGUGUGUGUGUAUAGGGAGUGGGGUACCAAAUAAAUGACUAAGCAAAAAAAAAAGUCAUUACAAAUUAAGGAAAUACUUUUUUAAAAAUAAUUUUAAGCCAAAUAGAGACUCCAGAAUUGCCCAAGUGUAUUAAUUAAUAGAGAGUCAAGGCUUUUUAUCAGGCUGAAAUCACUGGUUCAUUAUUCUUUUAAUUUCACAAGUGCAUUCCUGGGCUGGAAAACCCAGGAUGUAGUUCACAAAGCAGAUCUGGCCUGUGGAGAGGAGGGAAAUGAAUGAAAACACUCUUUUCUAUUUUUAGAUUUCCUCACAAAUGUGAAUUUUACUCAGAAACUUGGCCUUUACUGCCCUAAUUCCUGGAGAAGUUUUAUUUUUGCGGACUGCAGAGAAGGCUAUUUAAACCAAAUCAUGAGGAUCAAAAGCCUGAAUAUUUCAUUCACUGAUUGGAUUUAAUUUUGAUUUAAUUUUGGUCAUAUCUUGCUCUGUCAAACACUGUCUUUUGGGGGGAAGGUUAUAUUAAUAGUGGCAAUACUGUCUAAAAGAAUGACUUCAACCCACCCACCUCCACCUUUAUUAAAAAAAAAAAAAAAGCACAGUUGGACAAAUACAUUUCUUGCUUGAGUCCCAUGUUGUUAGUCCCCGUUGGCAUUAUUACUUUAUUGUGUACAGGAGGAGGUUCUUUCACUGGGGCCACAAAGCCAAGUGGGCAUAAACAGUAUUAAGUGUGUGUGUGAGAAGCGCUUAUUUUGUCCUUUCAGUAAAAUGUGUGUAUAGAAUUCUCACUAUAAACUCCCAGAAUGGAGUGAGUCAGAAUUACAUCAUCUACAUGUUCGGGGAAACAAUCAUUGGUUUGGAAUAAAUAAACAUAAUGGAUACCUUGGAAUAGUCAAUUAAAUGGAACCAUAAACUUCCAAGUACUGUAAUAUGUUGUAUAAUUCUAAGCUGAUCCGAUGCUCUUAAUUGAUUUGUGAGGUAUUAUUAAAUAUCUAAAUCAA